AUGGGCCUUCAUGCUGAGCUCUUACAGAAAGAUAAGAGUAACAAACAUACAAGUUACAUAGCAGCAUUGUGGGAAAUGUAUAGAGACUAUUAUGGGGAAUAUGCAAACUGGUUUUGGGGUGUAAAGGUUAAUGAUUUUAUUUUCAGGUUUGUUCCACGGCAGCUAUCCUGGUAUGGUGCAUUUCUUGUGAAAGCUUUCCCUCUGGACAUGAGUCAGUACAGCAGGCUGUUUUGCUCCACACGGAUACCAGAGUUGAAAAAAGACAAACUGGCCACAUUUGAGACUGCAAGACAUAUUGCUGUCAUGAGAAAAGGAAACUUUUACAUAUUUGACACAAUCACAACAGAUGGUAACAUAGUCCCAACUGCUACUAUAUAUCAAAAUCUGAAGUACAUCAUUGAAGACCCCACCCCUCCCCCUCACUUCCCCGUCGCUGCUCUGACGUCAGAAAACCGUGACACUUGGGCGAGCAUGCGCCAUGCUUUGGAAGCCAUUCCAGGCAAUGAAGAGGUUCUCAAGUUGAUUGACAGCGCUGUGUUUGUUCUUUGUCUGGAUGAUCAUGACGUAAGCAGUAUUGCGGAUGUUACGCGAACGUUUCUUCAUGGUGAUGGACGAAACAGAUGGUUCGACAAAUCAUUCCAGCUGAUCAUUUGCAAAGAUGGAAAAGCAGCAGUGCAUUUUGAACAUGCCUGGGGCGAUGGAGUGGCUGUGUUGCGUUUCUUUAAUGAGGUCUAUAAAGACACUACGGCUCGCCCGGCCUGCACCCCGGUUACUGCCCAAAACUUCAACGCGGAAACGACCGUGAGAAAAUUGGAAUUGAAAUUAAACCCUGAAAUUGAGAGGGGAAUAAACGCAGCUAAAGAGACAUUCGACAAAACUGUGAACGGGUUAGACAUUGCCGAGCUUCAGGUCCAUACAUAUGGAAAAGAUUAUAUAAAGAGCAAGAAACUCAGCCCUGAUGCAAUCAUGCAGUUGGCUUUUCAGAUGGCUUUCUUUCGUCAAAACGGUAAGUUUGUUGCUACUUAUGAGUCCUGCAGCACAGCAGCUUUCAAGCACGGGCGAACAGAAACAAUCAGGCCAGCGUCCAAUGAUACGGUAGCAUGUGCAGAAGCAUUUCAAAAAUCGCACCGAGCAGGGGUUGAAGAAAUGGUGGACAGAAUCCGCCGAGCUGCUGAUUGGCAUUCAAAACUCACCAAAGAAGCUGCUAUGGGUCAAGGUUUUGACCGUCAUCUCUUCGCCUUGCGUACCCUGGCAGCGUCCACGGGUAAAGUCCCGGAAAUAUUCCAAGACCCGGCUUACAAACGAAUCAAUCACAUCAUUCUCUCUACUAGUACCUUAUCUAGUCCUGCACUGAUGCUUGGUGGGUUUGGUCCCGUGGUACAGGACGGAUUUGGAGUGGGAUACGGGAUCCAAGAUGAUUGGCUGGGGUGUAACGUGACCAGCUAUCCACCCCAUAGAGAUGUAGGAGGGUUUUUGGAAUGUGUUCGACUCAGUUUAGAGGAUAUUUAUAGCGUUCUGGAAGGAAAAAAUUUCAAAGAAUGAUUGACCAACAUUAUGAAACAUUAAAGUGCUCGUUUGUGUACAAAACCUCAGGCCCUGCUUCGAAAACCAGUUAUUUCAGUUAGAUACGAUUGCAAAGGCUAUAUCCGAAGCCUUGUUGUAAAACUUGCUUCAUGAAUGAAAAUUUAAUCUGGUUGUAUUAAACCGUAAGACAAGA